AUGGCUAACCCAAUCUACAAUGCCCCUGUUGAAGGCCUGCCAUUCUUUUCGCCUCAGCAUGCCAAUUCGCCUGGAUCUGCCAUUGAACUGAACGCCGAUACUCCGACUCUCUUUAAGCCACUCAAGAUUCGCAGCAAGACACUUCGCAAUCGAAUCGUUGUUGCUCCCAUGUGCCAGUACAGCGCUGCCGACUCUGGGCCACUGGAAGGUGCCUUGACACCAUAUCAUACUGUUACUCUCGGCCACUAUGCCCUCAAAGGCGCGGCACUCGUCUUUAUUGAAGCUACUGGAGUGCAACCCAACGGCCGCAUCAGCGCCAACUGCCCGGGCCUGUGGAGCGACGCUCAGAUUGACGGUGUAAAGGCCGUUGCCGACUUCAUCCAUGGCCAAGGUGGUCUUUGCGGUCUACAGCUCGCCCAUGCUGGAAGGAAGGCCAGCUGUGUUGCCCCAUUCAUCGCCAUGAAGCAGGGUCUCCGGAAUGUGAGAGCCACGAAAGAUGUCGGCGGCUGGCCGGAGAAUGUUGUUGGACCUUCAGGUGGCGAUUCUGAGGUAUGGGAUGGGAAGAGUAUUGAUGACCCAAAGGGUGGCUACUGGGCGCCGAGGGAACUCUCCAUCUCCGACAUCCAUGAGCUUGUCCAAGAUUGGGGCAAGGCAGCUGCUCGAGCAGUCAGGGCUGGCGUUGACGUUCUGGAAAUUCACGGUGCUCAUGGUUACCUCAUCAACCAAUUCUUAUCCCCAGUGACCAACAAACGAACCGACCAGUAUGGCGGAUCUUACGAGAACAGGACGAGAUUCCUGGUCGAAGUGAUCAAAUCUGUUAGGGCCAACAUUCCCGACACAAUGCCGCUAUUCCUCAGACUCAGCACGACAGAGUGGCUAGAGAACACUGACGUAGGGAAGAAGCUGGGAAGCUGGACCAUUGAUGACACGAUUCGACUUGCCAAAAGCCUUCCUGAUCUUGGUAUCGACCUCCUCGAUUGCUCCUCUGGGGGCAAUCAUCCAGACCAGCAGCUGAACCCAUUUGGUACCGACGCAAAAGACUAUCAAACGAAGCUGGCAGCCCAAAUCCGGAAGGCAGUCAGGUCCGAAGGGAACAACCUUCUCAUUGGCGCCGUGGGAUUGAUCACCGAAGCCGAGCAGGCCAGAGACAUUGUAGAAGAAGCUACAAUCAAAGAGGAGGCGGAAGCUGUGAAGAAGAUGACUGAGCCUGGCAAUGGCAAAGAGCCAAUGGCUGAUGUCGUUCUCGUUGCACGCCAGUUUAUGAGAGAGCCGGAGUGGGUACUGAGAGUGGCAGCACAGCUCGAUCUUGAUGUUGCUUGGCCCAGCCAGUUCCUCAGAGUUCGAAUCCCGAAGUUGUAA